GGCGCGCUGCGCUGGCGCCGCGGGCCCAGAGCACCCCUUCUGGGUCUUCGACUGGGGCCGGUGCCUGGGCGCCGCCCCGGCCUCCUGCGCGGCGGCGCUCUUCGUGUCCGGCGUCCUGUGCUCCGCGGCCGGCAUCGGCGGCGGGGGCAUCUACGUGUCGCUGCUGAUGGUGCUGGGCGGGCUGACGGCGCGCGACGCGGUGCCCCUGUCCAAGGGGGUUGUGUUCUUCGGGGCGAUGGCGUCCCUGGCCCUGAACCUGAGGAAGUCGCAGGACAAGAAGGCGCCGCCCCUCAUCCACUACGGCGUGUGCCGGCUGGUGGUGCCCUCCGCGUUGCUGGGGACGCUGUUCGGGGUGCUCAUCAACCACACGGCCGGGGACAGGCUUAUCCUCGUCCUGCUCAGCGCCAUCCUGGUCUUCAUGGCGUACUCGUCGGUCCGCACGACCGCGAAGCAGUACGCGGAGGAGAUGGCGGCGCCGGGGCCGUCGCCGGGCGCCGCCGCCGCCACCGACUCGGAGGCCGCCAUCUCGGUCGGCACCCCGUUCGCGAAGCGCGACGCCUACGGCGGCGCCGCGCUGCUGGCGACCAUCGUGCUGUGCGGUUCCCUCCGCUUCCACUGGCAGCGUCUCGCGGGCGGGCUCGCCCAGGGGAGCCCCUGGCUGACCUCUGCGCUCCACGCCGCGACCCUGGCCGUGCCCAUCGCCCUCUGCCUGCUGGCCACGGUGUACAACAGCUACAUGUGCAUCGGGGAGGAGUGCAUUAUGCCCGCCGAGGUCGUCCGGUACUCGGCCAUGGCUGCCUUCACCGGCUGCUUCGCUGGCCUCGUCGGCGACGAACUGCUCGAAGACGACUUCGAGGACGACUGCUCCGUACUGCAGCUGGCUGUGGAACCCGCGGCCCUGACGAAGCCGCUGGACUGGCAUUUGGACCCCCGGAUCUUCUCGUGCGGCCGCCUGGCGCUGCGCCCCCCGCGGACGGGAGACGCCGGCUGCCGGCGUCCCAGUCUUUUCACCCACGGCUUCUCGAGGAAGUGGCGCGUGGGGCUGUGGACCUCCAAGCCGUCGUCGCUGCCCUCGCGGGCUGACGGCUUCUGCAGCCGGUGA